GGUAAAAUAGUUUGCACAAAAUUGUUCGGACGGCGAGCUUGUGAGAUAGAAGAAAAAACUUCUAUUACUCCCUUCUACCCUUGGUUUGUGCUUUUUUGUUAUUUCAAGGGGAGAUUUGUGUAAUCCUGUCAAUAUGGUCAAGCUAGGCAAAAACUCGAAGCGGACGCCCGUCCGGUUACGGCACAAGAUCGAGAAGGCUUCUGCGGCCAAGCAACGGAAGCAGAGAAAGCUUGCCAAGAAGAAUCCCGAAUGGCGCUCAAAGAUCAAGAAAGAUCCGGGUAUCCCUAAUUUGUUCCCCCACAAGGCUCAGCUUCUUCAUGAGAUUGAGGAGAGGAAGCGAUUGAAGGCCGAGGAACAGGAGCGCAUCCGUGAUGAAGCGCGCGCUCGCAAGAAGGCACAGAAGGAGUCGCAACAGCAAGGAGACGACACCGAAGACGUGAUGGAGAAUGAUCUUGAUCUGGAGGGUGACUUUGACGAUGAAGAUAUGGAUGAGGAUGCCGAUGAUUCGUCGAACCCUAUGGCUGCGCUACUUGCCUCUGCGCGCGCGAGAGCGGCAGAGUAUGAUGAUCAACAUGAGAGCGAUGAUGAUGAUGAUGAAAUGGACGAGGAUGACGAUGAGGAUAUGGACGGCAUGGAUGAGGACGAGGAAGAUGGCAGUGCUGCGCCGGGCGAUUCGGCUCCCCAGCUUGUUUCACAGACUCACAGCAAGGAGAGCUCUCGGCGGCAAUUCGAUAAGGUGUUCAAGCAGGUUGUUGACGCUGCGGAUGUUGUGUUGUAUGUGCUUGACGCUCGCGAUCCGGAGGGCACCCGGUCCAAGGAUGUGGAGCGUGAGAUUAUGGCGGCAGCUGGUGGAAACAAGAGAAUGAUCCUCAUCCUCAACAAGAUCGAUCUUAUCCCUCCGCCGGUGCUGAAGAACUGGCUGGUCCACUUGCGCCGAUACUUCCCCACCCUGCCUCUGAAGGCCUCCAACGGCACCGCCAACGCUCACAGCUUCGACCACAAGCAGUUGACCGUCAAGGGUACAUCAGAGACGCUUUUCAAAGCUCUCAAGUCCUACGCCCACAGCAAGAACCUGAAGCGGUCCAUCUCUGUCGGUGUGAUCGGUUACCCCAACGUUGGAAAGUCCUCUGUCAUCAAUGCCCUCACUGCCCGUCUCAACAAGGGCUCCAGCAAUGCAUGCCCUACUGGUGCCGAGGCCGGUGUCACCACAAACCUGCGGGAGGUGAAGCUGGACAACAAGCUUAAGCUGAUCGACUCCCCCGGUAUCGUAUUCCCGAACGCUGAGAAAAAGAAGACCAAGAAGAAGCAGGUGGAGGAGCGUGCACGCCUCGUCCUCCUGAACGCUAUCCCACCGAAACAGAUCGAGGACCCGGUUCCGGCCGUGUCCCUGCUUCUCAAGCGUCUCUCUACCUCCGAAGAUCUCAAGUCGAAGCUGUUGCAACUCUAUGGUAUCCCCGCUCUUUUCAGCAGCGGCGACCAGACUCAUGACUUCUUGGUCCACGUUGCCCGCAAGCGCGGUCGUCUGGGUAAGCACGGUGUGCCCAACAUUGAGGCCGCAGCCAUGACCGUGAUCAAUGACUGGAGGGACGGACGGAUCCAGGGAUGGGUGGAUGCUCCUGUGCUGCCAGUUGUCGCCGCGACAGAUGGAGCUUCGGCCCCUGUGGCCGCUGCGUCGGGUGUGGAUACGAAGCAGGUUGUCACUGAAUGGGCCAAGGAGUUCAAGAUCGAGGGUCUGUGGGGUGAUGGCGCUGAUGAGGAGAUGGCGGAAUAAUCUGGUUUAUUUAUUCUUGUCUGCUAUGGAUACAUGGAUACCAAAAAGGCGUUGCCUGGCUUUUUGUUCUUAAGACGGUAGAAUGAUGUUCUUCGAUGUCAAUAUCAAGUUAUGAGAUGGUUAAACAUAGUUUCAGUUGACGGGAUCUUGUAGAUAGGAGAUCGCUGCUCAAGAACCCAAUAUGACAAAAUAUAGUCUGACUGAAUGAAUAAGAGGUCGGGGGGGGAUGAAGAUGGGUAGUCUACUAGAAAUUCUGCACGAAGCAAAUCCCACUUCCAGUUCUCUUCAAAAAAAACUGAUGGUUUUCUGACAUGUCCACCCGCAGAGUCCAACCUGGAUAUAUAUCUUCACCCAGACAUACUACAAUACACACAAAUAUAUAAGGACUAUACAACGAAACAAACCAUAAUAAAUAAACCAUACCAAUUACUACACAAAAUCCAAUUUAUCAUGAUACAAGUACUAAACCAUAAAUACUAUCAAUAACAUCAAGUACCAUUUAUACCAGUAGCACUGUAGUUGUAACAGUAACCCCCCCGCAGGAAAAAAACAAAAAAAAAAAAAAGUAUGCAAAACCCAC